AUGGGUCACGAAGAUGCAGUCUACCUGGCCAAGCUCGCCGAGCAGGCUGAGCGAUACGAAGAGAUGGUCGAGAACAUGAAGAUUGUCGCCUCUGAAGACCGCGACCUGACUGUCGAGGAGCGCAACCUUCUGUCUGUCGCCUAUAAGAACGUCAUUGGUGCCCGCCGUGCCUCCUGGAGGAUAGUCACUUCUAUUGAGCAGAAGGAGGAGUCUAAGGGCAACUCGUCCCAGGUCACCCUCAUCAAGGAGUACCGACAGAAGAUUGAGGCCGAGCUCGCCAAGAUUUGCGACGAUAUUCUUGAUGUCCUCGACAAGCACCUAAUUCCUUCUGCCAAAUCUGGCGAGUCCAAGGUCUUCUACCACAAGAUGAAGGGUGACUACCACCGUUACCUCGCCGAGUUCGCCAUUGGCGACCGCCGCAAGGACUCUGCCGACAAGUCCCUCGAGGCUUACAAGGCUGCUACUGAGGUUGCUCAGACCGAGCUCCCUCCCACUCACCCGAUCCGCCUGGGUCUUGCCCUCAACUUCUCCGUUUUCUACUACGAGAUCUUGAAUGCCCCCGACCAGGCUUGCCAUCUUGCCAAACAGGCCUUUGAUGAUGCCAUUGCUGAACUUGACACUUUGAGCGAGGAGAGCUACAAGGACUCCACUCUCAUUAUGCAGCUUCUGCGUGACAAUCUGACUUUGUGGACUUCAUCCGAGGCCGAGACCUCUGGUGCCGCUGGCCAGGCCGAUGCUCCCGCCAAGGAGGAGUCUGGUGCUGCUGCUGAGGCUCCUGCUGCCGCCGAGCAGACUAAGGCCUCUGAGUAA